ACACGCUAAGUCGUGUCGGCAGCCGGCUAGCGAUUACGUUGUUCAUAUUUAGUUUUGUUUACGUGAUAUAUUAAAGAUGGCUGUUGCUGUUAAUAAAGGUGUGUACAUCGUGGCAGCAAAACGAACUCCGUUUGGCAAAAUGGGAGGCAUGUUACGAAACAUUUCUCCUGCUGAUCUUCUAGCGAUUACUGCGAAAGAUACUUUAAAGGCUGGUAAUGUAGCACCCGCUAUAGUGGAUACAGUCAACGUUGGUUUGGUCAAUACGCUGAGUUUGAGUUCAGAUGGUGGUCUAGCUCCGCGACAUGCAGCUCUAAAAUCUGGUGUUCCACAAGAAAAACCAGCGCUCGGCGUAAACAGAUUAUGUGGUUCAGGAUUCCAGGCUAUUAUAAACAGUGCGCAGGAUAUUCUAACAGGAGCCGCUCAAGUAUCACUCGCUGGUGGAACAGAAAAUAUGUCAGCUGUUCCGUUCGUUGUAAGAAACGUUCGUUUCGGGGUUCCCUUAGGUGUUAAAGUGGACUUCGAAGAUGCUCUCACUUCCAGUUCACUAGACACAUACUGCAACUUCACGAUGCCACAAACUGCCGAAAAUUUAGCUGAUAAGUACAGUAUUACGAGGGGAGAAGUUGACGAUUUCGCAUUGCAAUCACAGAAGAGGUGGAAAAUUGCGCAAGAUAGCGGUGUUUUCAAAGCAGAAAUAACACCAGUACCUGUAAAGCUGAAGAAACAAGAAGUUAUCUUCGAUAAAGACGAACACCCACGUCCAGAUACUACACUUGAGCAACUUCAUAAGUUGCCAGUAUUGUUCAGGAAAGGCGGUGUCGUCACUGCAGGAAAUUCUUCGGGUGUGAAUGAUGGUGCUGGCGCUCUUGUCUUGGCAAGUGAAGAAGCGGUCAAGCAGCAGAGUUUGACCCCACUGGCCCGUCUUAUUGGCUGGUCCUUCGUCGGUGUCGACCCCAGCAUGAUGGGAAUCGGGCCAGUUCCAGCUAUACAGAGUCUACUCGCCGCUGCUAAAUUGACUCUUAAUGAUUUAGAUUUAAUCGAGAUCAAUGAAGCAUUUGCAGCCCAGGCUCUCGCAUGUGUCAAGGCCUUGGACUUAGAUCAGAGCAAGCUGAACGUGAACGGUGGAGCUAUUGCGCUCGGACAUCCGCUUGCCGCUUCUGGUGCCAGAAUCACCGCACAUCUGGCGCAUGAACUGAGGCGUAGAGGUCUAAAAAGAGGUAUCGGUUCAGCUUGUAUUGGGGGUGGACAAGGUAUUGCUGUGCUUAUUGAAGCAGUUUGAAUUAUUUAUAUAAUGGAAUGAGAAAUGUAAAUUUUUUAUCAACAUGUUAUUUUUAUAUUUGGUAUUAAAUAUUUGUU